AUGUUCACAUUCACACCUUUGCUCGGGGCACAAUCGGCUUCCUCCAAGGCAUCGCAGUCUAUUCUAGAGCUUGAUGGUGGCAUCAAGAUCCUGGUGGACGUCGGUUGGGACGAUUCUUUUGACACCCGUGACUUGGCAGAGCUCGAGAAACACAUACCGACUCUGUCGCUCAUCCUCCUGACCCAUGCGACUCCGGCGCAUAUCGGUGCCUUUGUUCACUGCUGCCGAACCUUCCCUCUGUUCACGCAAAUCCCGAUUUACGCGACAAGCCCUGUUAUCGCCUUCGGCCGCACAUGCUUGCAAGACCUAUAUGUAUCGGCACCACUCGCAGCUACCUUUUUACCAACUGCAUCGAUUUCCGAACCGGGUGCAUCGUCGGCAGCAUCCGCAGUAGGCUCGGUGGGAGAAGGUGAAGAGAGCAAUGAAGCUGCUGGCAGCUCAGGUCGGAUUCUUCUUCAACCGCCGACGACGGAGGAGAUUGCCCAAUACUUCUCCCUUAUCCAACCCCUCAAAUACUCGCAGCCUCACCAACCGCUACCGUCUCCGUUCUCGCCGCCUCUGGAUGGACUCACCCUCACUGCUUACAAUGCUGGGCAUACUGUUGGAGGAACAAUCUGGCACAUUCAGCAUGGGAUGGAAUCAAUCGUUUACGCAAUGGACUGGAACCAGGCGCGAGAGGGCGUCGUGGCGGGUGCUGCAUGGUUCGGUGGCUCCGGAGCCAACGGAACUGAGGUUAUUGAGCAAUUGCGAAAGCCAACAGCCCUGAUCUGCAGUUCCAAAGGGGGUGAUAAGUUUUCCGUUUCGGGAGGCCGAAAAAAGAGAGAUGAUCUCCUUCUCGACAUGAUUCGGAGUAGUCUGGCAAAAGGCGGCACCGUUCUCAUUCCGACAGACACGAGUUCGCGCGUGCUAGAAUUAGCAUAUGCACUCGAGCACGCUUGGCGUGAUGCAGCGGAGGGCGAGAAAGGUGAUGCUCUUCAAGGCGCGGGUUUAUAUUUAGCUGGCAGAAAAGUGAAUACUACGUUGCGACUAGCUCGCAGUAUGCUGGAGUGGAUGGACGAGAAUAUCGUUCGUGAAUUCGAGGCAGCUGAGAGCGCUGAUGCGGCAGCGGGUCAAAAGACUAGCGGCCAGGGGCAAGACAAGGGAAGCGGAAAAGGCAUUGGUCCUUUCACUUUCAAGCACCUCAGGACUAUAGAGCGCAAGAAGCGCCUCGAAAAGCUCCUAGCUGAGCCUGGACCCAAAGUCAUUCUGGCCUCCAAUACCUCUUUGGCCUGGGGCUUCUCAAAGGAAUCGCUUAGACGAGUGGCUGAAGACCCCAACAAUUUGCUAUUGUUGACCGAGUCCUUCCGAAGAACAAUGGCCGAAGGAGUGGAGGAGCCUCCGAGCGCAAUUUCCCUUGGGGGUGUUAUAUGGCAGUGGUAUGAAGAGCGGGUAGAUGGGGUGGCCUUGGAGAAAGGCCCUGACGGAGAACUACUCGAGCAAGUCCACAGCGGCGGCCGAGAGUUGACUUGGACAGAUGUGCAGCGAACACCUCUGGAUGCCAGAGAGCAAUUACUCUACCAGCAAUACCUGGCUACAAAACGACAACUUCAAGAUACCUCGCAAGCUCGAGGACAAGAAAACCUCGAGACCGCGGCAGAUGCUCUGGAUGAUCGGUCUAGCUCAACAUCUUCUGAAGAUUCGGACUCUGAGCAGCAAGGCCGUAUUCUCAACUUUUCAACAACACUCGCGCACUCGAACCGAAGCAAAUUGGCCCUAACUGAUGAAGACUUGGGCAUCAACGUUCUUCUUCGACGUAAGAAUGUCUACGACUAUGACGUUCGGGGAAAGAAGGGACGUGAGCGCAUGUUCCCGUAUGUGGCGCCAAGAAAGAAAGGCGAUGAGUACGGAGAGUUCAUUCGGCCAGAGGAGUAUCUUCGAGCGGAAGAGCGUGAGGAAAUCGAUAUGCAACAACGGCGAUCUGACGAGCAGACCAAACUUGGCCAGAAAAGACGCUGGGACGAGGCUACUGGAACCAAUGGACGGAGGCUAUCUGCCGGUGCUGGUGGGCGCAAACGCCAGCACAUGGCCAACGGGCAGAGAAUCGAAUUGGGCGCCGCGGAUGACUUCAGUCUUGCUUCAGAUGGCGAAGGUGCUGAUGUUGCUGUAUCCUCGGAAGACGAGGCCGACGUGCAAGCGUUUGAGGGCCCAGCCAAGGCCGUAUACAGCAAGGAGUCUAUCACGAUCAACGCUCGCAUCGCUUUCGUUGACUUUAUGGGCUUGCACGACAAGCGCAGCUUAGAGAUGUUGAUCCCACUAAUCCAGCCCCAGAAGCUGAUUUUGGUCGGCGGCAUGAAAGACGAAACGUCAGCGUUAGCGGAUGAAUGCAAGAAGCUUCUCACUGCUAAAGUUGGCGGUGAUGUUUCGACUUCUGUGGCGGAUGCCGCUGCUAUCAUUUUUACUCCCGCGAAUGGAGAAGUCAUCGAUGCCAGUGUCGAUACAAAUGCCUGGACAGUGAAGCUGAGCAACAGCCUCGUCCGACGUUUGAACUGGCAACAUGUUCGGAGUCUUGGUGUGGUCGCUCUGACCGCACAGCUUCGUGGACCCGAGCAUCCUGAAGAGGAUGAGAAUGCCGACGCCGACGUUGCUGGCAAGAAGAUGAAGCUGGUCAAGGAUGAAGCGGCUUCUUCGGCAGUUGCACCAACCAUGGACACUGUGGCCAAACCCGUUGAGAAGUCCGAAGCCUUCCCUGUCCUCGAUACGUUGCCAGCCAGCAUGGCCGCCGGGACCAGGUCUAUGGCCCGCCCCCUCCACGUCGGUGAUCUUCGUCUCGCUGAUCUCCGCAAGCUCAUGCAAGCAGCUGGACACAUCGCUGAAUUCCGUGGCGAAGGCACUCUUCUCAUCGAUAAAUCUGUCGCUGUACGGAAGUCCGGGACUGGCAAGAUUGAGAUUGAGGCGGCGGCCCAAGCGGCAGCGAACCAGGCGGCUCUUGGGCGCAACGCUGGUAGCUUCCUUGCUGUGAAGAGAAAGAUCUACGAAGGCUUGGCUGUUGUGGCAGGAAGCUAA